CUCUUUGGUAGUGGCGCUCUGCCCUGCGUGCUUUGGUCUCUCCCUCUUUUCUCCCAGCGAUCAGAGGGGCGGCAGGCUGGAAGUGCGUAAGCGCUUUGUCUGUCUGGAGUGCAGCGGCAGAGCGAACUAAACGCAGACUUUUUCUUCUUCUUUUUGCGCCUCAACAGCUUCUUUUCGCAGCGGAGCUGAGAAAGAAAUCCUUCCGCUUGUUUAAAAUCCGAGAGGAGACAAACACCUGGAGGAUAACAGAAGUUCACGGGAUGGAAAUGUAGACUCGCCUUUGCUCAAGAAUGGUGUAGGGGUAGUUGUAUGGAGUUCCAACUGGGGGCAGUUUCUUGAAAGGAUAGAGGUGGGACACUGUUAAAAAAAGAAAAAGAAAAACUUUGUUCUGCGCGGAAGCGGUGAUUCGGUGAAACAGAAUAUUUACGCACGGUUAGCGCGCACAGAUUUCCAAACCCCAAAAUGAGCAGCGCGUGCGUUUUUGUCCACGGAGACAUCCGACGGAGACUACAGAAGUCUGGGCUGGUUUUAGUUUUCGUCCUUGCCUUCGUGCUGGCCUGCCACUGCUGUCCGGACAAGUGUGUGUGCUCCUCACAGACUGUGAAAUGCCAAAACCAAGGCCUGCACGCAGUUCCAAACUCCAUCCCGGCCAAAACCAAAAUCCUCUUCUUCACAGGAAACAACAUUUCAAAUAUUAACAGAGCUUCUUUCCCGACUCGCCUGGAACUCCUCACAGAUCUGUAUCUCAGCGGGAACAACAUUGAGCAUGUGGAAGCAAUGGGAUUUGACAACUUGCCAAAGCUUUCCAGGCUGGACUUAAGCAACAACAAUUUCCAGACUUUUGACGAAAGUGCUCUCCCUCCAGACAAUAACCUGGAGUUUUUAAACCUAAGCAGAUCUUUCAACAAUCAUUCUUUUGCCGAUGUUGUCUUGGAUUUCCUCCACAGUGCAAACCUGCUACAUCUGACCACCUUGGACUUGUCAAAUAAUGACCUGGUGAUUCUUCCGGACGGCAUCUUCAGCAGCCUCUCCAACCUGACCUCCCUCAGCCUGCAGAACAGCUCUCUCAUCAGCAUCCAGAAUGUGACGCUGAAGUUGCCCCUGCUUCGUGACCUUGACCUGAGGAACAACAGCCUGAGAACUCUGCACAGCAGCACCCUGGGUGAGCUCUCCGCCAAGCCUGACCUUCGCCUUCGGCUGUCCGGGAAUCCCUGGCGCUGCAACUGCAUCAUAGACGAAAUGCUGAUGUGGCUGAAGAACGCCACACAGGUGAUGGACAGGCAGGAGCUCACGUGUGCGGAGCCUGAGCCUCUUAGGCGUGAGCCUCUGCUGCAGGUGGAGCUGUCACAGCUGAAUUGUUCCAGUGACAUGGAGCGAGUGCUGGAGACGUCCUACGUUUUCCUGGGACUGGUGCUGGCGCUGAUCGGCGUCAUAUUCCUGCUGGUGCUCUACCUGAACAGAAAGGGCAUCAAGAGGUGGAUGUACAACAUCCGCGAUGCCUGCAGGGACCACAUGGAGGGAUAUCAUUACAGGUACGAGAUCAACUCUGAUCCCCGUUUGGCCAACCUGAGCAUCAACUCGGACGUGUGAGGGGAGGACGGCUCCGAGUCUGGAUCCCUGCCGUGAGAUGACAAAUGACUGAGAUUUUGCAUGAAAGUCUUCCUCCCUUACGCCCUCAACCCCCACCCCUCCAUCCCCCCCUGAUAAUACCAAGUCGAUUUUUGCAUCUAUUAUCGCUUCUGACUUCCCUCUGGCCGCAUGUCCCGCACAAGUACCUGACAGCUGCGACUGCCAGCUGUUUCCCUGUUACUUUGCAUGGACAGUGAGUCUUGGCAAAGGGUCUUCCUGGAGAGCUGCGCGGAGUGACAUGUUCUAUUUUUACUUUUCCUUAAGGAGUGCAUUGACUUAUAAGUGAAAGCAUACUUGCUGGAAAUGUUCUGCAUCCAUGUCAUUAAGCCUCUGCUGCAGAGACGUUACACUGCUUGAGUUUUAAUAUAUGAAUAUGUUACCUGCUUUAGCCUUCUUUGGAUUUAUCUUAGUGCACCUUGCAUAGUUUUCUUGGUUAAUAGAUGAAUGUGACCUUUUUUAUUUUUAUUUUCAAUGUUUUUCAUGUGAAAAUAUUGGGUUAAAUAAAAUGCCUCUGGAUUAAUAACGGGAUGUGUCUGGACUGAAGGCCCUUUGAGCAGCAGACCUAGAGAAAAGGAAUCAGCAGCAAAAUGUUGGACCCCAGUGACACAUUUAUUCCACCAUCAACACAGAGCAGCCGACAAACCCCGACGGUCAAUAAAGAAGAUAAGUGAAAUGUGUGCCCGUCUGCUACGUUGUAGGCACUUGUAUCUCCACGGGAACAGCUGAGGUGCAGUGUGCAUUGCACUGACAAGCCGCCCUACAGCAAACUGCCCUAGUGAGAUCCCUCUAUCUUGGAUUCCUGCUUAGUUAGUCCUUAGUCCUGGGCAGGGUUGCCGGAGCCUAUCCCAGCUAUUUUAGGGCUAAGGCAGGCUAAAGUUUGCCAGUGCCUCACACGCAGACGCAUUUACCUCUGAAAUACCUGUAAAGCUUUUUUUUUGACUGUGGGAGGAAGUUGGAGAAAACACAGACAUUGCAGGGACAGACCCCUUCGAAAAAAGUCAAAAAGUCUUAACUCAUCAUCAACAGAUUUUCUUGAAAUAAGAAAUCUGCCAGUGGGG